AUGGGAGACAUCGAAAUAUUCGACUGGAAACUAACAUUCUACGACUUGCUGCACGGCCUCGGCCUUUUGCUUGCUACAUAUUGGACGGGAUGGAUUGUUUACACGCGGGUGUUCCACCCACUCGCACGAUUUCCAGGUCCAUUCUGGGCCUCUGUGUCACGAGCCUGGAUUGUGCGCUCCGUGAUUCGCGGCAAUCCCCACGAGACUCAAAGGUUGCUGCAUGCACGGUAUGGUACGAUAUUCUCUACCCAGUUCAAGCUUAGCGAUUUCUAUUUGGCUUUUCGCGCGCCAUAUACCCGAUAUCCAGACCAUCUUACAUCAACAGAUGACAAAGUCCAUGCUCAGCGGCGCCGCAUUGUGAACGGCGUGUAUACUAUGCAGAGCAUUCUUCAGUCAGAGCCCUACGUUAAUAAAUGCACAGAAGUUUUACUACAGCAACUUGAAGAUGUUGCAGACGCCAAAGCUUCCAUUGACCUGCUCGAGUGGACACGAAUGUACGCUUACGAUGUUAUUGGAGAGCUUUACUUCAGCAAAAUGUUCGGUUUAAUGAAAGCAAGAGGCGACCAUCUUGGGAUAAUGAAGUCCACUGAUACACUAAUUCCGGCCAUGGCCAUUUCAGCUGUCAUGCCAUCAUACCUCCGAUCUUUCUUCAUGCUUGUUGGGGUGUUGUUUGCCGAGACCCGCAAGGCCCUGUCUGCCUUGAAUGACCUAGCGACCGCAGCAGACUCUGCUGUUCAGAGUCAUGUUCAAGCAUCGGGUUCUGAUGACAGUGUGAUUCGACGUACUGAUAUUAUAUCUAAAGUAUAUAACAUUCAUCGAGAUCAAGGCGAGAAGCUUGAUUUCCAGAUCGAUGAUGUGAAGCUCGAGGCCUUUGGAGGAUAUUUUGCUGGGAGUGAUACAACAGCAAUUCACCUGUCCACGACUUUAUACUAUAUCUUGAAGAACCCGAGAGUCUACGCAGCCCUCAACAACGAGAUUUCUCAGGCCACACAGCGUGGCGAGUUGAGCUUUCCGCAUAUAUGGUACCACGAAGCGAGCAAACUGCGUUAUUUGAGCGCGUGUAUUAAAGAAGGCGCUCGCUUGCAUCCUAGUGUGGCACUUACAAUGCCUCGAAAAGUACCAUCAAAUGGUCGCAGUAUUUCGGGGCAGUGGAUUCCCGGCGGCGUCCGUGUGGGAAUUAACCCGACUGUCGUGCAUCUCGAUAAAACAGUCUUUGGAGAGGAUGCGGAGGAAUAUAACCCGGAUCGAUGGCUGAAGCCAGAUGCCGACAAGAUGAAUAAACACAUUCUUCAGGCAAGUUAA